GCAAGACAACCACACCCACUGAGGCCAAGGACAUUUAGUAGACCCGCCCGCGUAUUAUUAACUGUAAACUGAACUUUGGAACUAAACAUAGUUUAACAUAGAUUAGAUAAAAUUGACAAUCGCCGGGUCCAAAGUUCAACAAACAAAGUGAACUGUGUGAAAAUAAAUUAACUUUUUAUACAAAACAAUGUUUCCUCUGAGGCAAAUCGUUGGCAAUGCCACCAGAAGAUUUGUGCCCACUAUGAGGGCAAUGUCCAGCUCCGGCCCCUUGGUGGACACAGCCGUAGACAAUGAAGGAAUAGCCACUGUGACCAUGCAAAGACUGCCAGUGAACAGUCUAAACUUGGAACUCCUGCAAGCUAUGAGCAAUGCACUGGACGAAGUAGUUAAAAACAAAUGCAAGGGAAUGGUGCUGACAUCUGCAUCACCUACUGUGUUUUCUGCUGGAUUAGACAUCAUGGAAAUGUACAAACCUGACAUGAAGAGGGUGGAAACCUUCUGGAAUACCCUGCAAGAAGUGUGGAUCAAACUCUUUGGAGCCAACUUCAUUACGGCUGCAGCAAUCAAUGGUCACGCCCCAGCCGGUGGAUGCCUUCUGUCAAUGUCGUGUGAAUACCGAGUGAUGAUGAGUGGCAAGUUCAGCAUCGGUCUGAACGAGACUGCCCUCGGUAUUGUGGCUCCCACCUGGUUCAUGCACACCAUGACGAACACCAUCCCGCAGAGGCAGGCGGAGUUAGCUCUUACUACUGCUAAGAUGUUCUCUGUUGAAGAGGCUCUGAAGGUUGGUCUCAUCGAUGAAACUGCAUCAGACAAAGCGGACGCCGUCGCCAAAUGUAAACAAUUCAUGAAGAGGUUCGACAAGAUCCCUCCUCUAGCGCGUUCUAUGACCAAACAGAAGAUCAGGGCAGCACCUCUCACCUGGAUGGAAGACAACCGCAAACAGGACACGCAAGAAUUCCUCAUGUUUGUUGGUCACCCUAAAGUUCAGCAAUCAUUAGAAAUGUACAUACAAGCUUUAAAGAAAAAGGCAUCCAAGUAAAUGUAACAGUCAUGAGAUUUUGAUGUAUUAUUGUGUGCUUUGAUAUGUGUAUUUUAUUUGUAAGCAUGUAAGAAAAAUUAUGAAAGGCAAAGCCGUUUCUCAUUAUAUAAUCCUAUUUUUAAGUGCUCAUUAGAUGAAUAUAUUGUUUUACAUUUUGUUAUCCCUCAAGUACUAGAAUGUAAUGAAAUGUGCAGAGUACGAUGUGUGGAAUAUAUUAUACAAAUAAAUUUGUUAAUUAUAAAAUUUAAA